ACAGAGAUUCCUUGUUAUUUCUGGGUUUUCCUACAAAAAACAGUUUCUGUCUCUCUCAGCCAUGGGAGCAAGAGAGAGAGAAGAGAGACAGAAUCAGAAAGGUGAAGAGGCAGAAGAGAUGGGAAAAUCAAAUUUAAUGUCAACAUUGCAUGACAUAUGAUAAGGACCACAAAGGGUUCUUCCACUUUUUCCUCUCUCUCUCUCUCUCUCUCUCUUGGUGAAUAAAUGAUGGGCAGAGAUGGUUAGCUAUACAAUGGCGAUCUUAUUGUUGAUGACGAAAGACAAGAGGGAUAUGAGACCCUUGUUUCUGAAAUUAGGGGUGGCUUUGGCUCUCUCCUUUGUUGGCUUCCUUUAUUCCCAACUCAGAACAAGAAGAAUCCCUCCUUCCUUACCUCCUCCUCCUUCAGGUGAUGGCUGUAAGUUCAAUACACAUGGAAGAGUAGGCCUCAAAGACGAUCUCUGUUCCAUACAAACACCUCUCGGUUCCUGCGACGAUUCUCCCUUUUCGGCUCAUGAACCAUCAUCUCAUCAGGUCACUAUUGAUAGUAACAUUGUUGGGCUCUCUCCAACUAGUAAACAUUCUGGGGAAGAAGAGGGUUUGCUCCUGCAGGAUUUGAAUGAGCUAGUACAGGAAGACAUCGAGUCUAUUUCCAACAAAGCCAGUAUUUCUCCUAGGAAAGAAGUUGUUGAUACAGCCAUGGCAAGCAAAAGAGAUGCAAAUAAGGAGACAGAGCAAGAGAUUUUAAAAUUGAGGAAUACGGUCAAAUUCUUGCAAGAAAGGGAGAAGAAUCUCGAAACCCAGUUGCUUGAGUAUUAUGGCCUUAAGGAGCAAGAGGCUGCUGUGAUGGAGCUCCAAAAUCGACUCAAAAUUAACAAUUUGGAGGCUAAGUUUUUUACUCUUAAGAUCGAGUCCUUGCAGGCUGAAAACCAGAGACUAGAGGCACAAGUGGCAGAUUAUACGAAAGUGGUGGCGGACCUUGAAUCUGCGAGAGCUAAGAUAAAGAUGUUGAAAAGGAAGCUAAGGUCCGACGAAGAACAGAACAAGGAACUGCUUUCUGUUCUUCAGCAAAGCGUUGCUAAUUUGCAAGAACAGGAACAGAUGGCUAUCUUGAAUGAUGCUGAUGUCCAAAAUAAGCUUCAGAGAUUGAAGGAAUUAGGGGAAGAAUCGGCAGAACUCAAAAGGUCUAAUGCAGAACUGCAACAGGAAAACUGUGAGUUGGCAAUGAGGUUGGAGUCCACCCAAAUUCUUGCCACUUCCAUUUUGGAAGAUCCAGAGACCGAAGAAUUGAGGGAAGCUAAUAGCAAUUUGAGACAAGAAAAAGAAGAAAUAGUGAAAGAACUUGAGAGUCUUCGUGCAGAUCGUUGUGCUGAUGUUGAGGAGCUGGUCUAUCUUAGGUGGGUUAAUGCUUGCUUAAGGUAUGAACUUAGGAACUAUUGCCCUCCACCUGGUAAAACAGUGGCAAGGGAUCUGAGUAAGAAUUUGAGCCCCAAGUCUGAGGAGAAAGCCAAGCAGCUCAUACUUGAGUAUGCAAAUUCAGAGGGUAUUGGUGAGAAGGGUUCCAGUAUUGUAGAUUUUGAUAAUGACUACUGGUCUUCAUCCCAAACUUCUUACACAGAUUCAGGUGACUAUGAUGAUGUUUCACCAGCAACAAGAACCCAUAAUUCAUCCAAACCAAAGUUUUUCAAAAAGCUCAAAAGCUUAGUAAUUAGGAAGGAUAGUCAUCACAGUCAUCACAAUCAUCACAAUCAUCAUAGUCAUCAGAGUAAUCACAGUCACAGGACUUCAUCAUUAGACAGAAAUCAAACAAGUUCUGGUGGAUCAGGGAGGAAUGAGUCUGCCUCCACCACCUCAUUUGAAGACAUUGUGGGAACUAAUUCUUGUGAUGCGUAUACCCCUUCUUCAUCCCAGAACAAUUCAAGUAUCAUAGAAACACCUUUCACUGGGAUUGGAGCCAGGAGUGAUGGACAAUCAACUCACAUUCCUCUGUCUUCUAGUUCUUCAAGACAUUCCUUGGAUAUCCAAAGAAUAAGAAACCUGGGCUUAGAAGAUAUCAGGGAUGAGGAAAGAGUUAGGAGAAGCAGUGAUUUGGGAUCACAAUUUGGUUACAAAAGGAUGGAAUUGGGUGAGAGUGGUAUUAUUGGUUUGCCUUCUGAUAAUCUGCAACUUGAUCAGGAUGAACCUCGAUCCCGUAUGAAGCUAGAGCUGAUCAAAUUUGCAGAAGUUUUGAAGGGCUCUCGCAGAACUCCGAAAUCCAGGAAGUCAAUAGCCUAAGUUCCUCAUCUUUCUGGUUUUUCGCCAUUUUUUUUCCUCCUUUUCUUUGUCUCCCAUUGCUUGUCUGUAUUUUCUUUGACAGGGUGGGAUGAUCAAAGAAUCUCUGGAUAUAUAUCUACUAAAUUCCACUUGUAAAGUACUUUGUUUGUCCAUCUACAAAACAGUGCUUGAAACUAACCAGAGAAGCUAUGCCUGUGCACAACAUGGCUGCCAGGUUGUCCAACUGGUGAUGAGAUGAAUGAUGACUGUAACUGUAUCAGAUGCAAAAUUUUCCAAAUCUUUCCUCAGAGAAAUUGAAGAUGGCAUUAUACAUAGUGAUACCAUCCUUUGCAUGAUAAAA